CCUAUCCUAAUUUAAAAGCUGUAAAAUCGGUGGAGGAAUGGAGGACGAAGUCUCCGUGAUGGAAGAAAAAUUAACAAACAUGGCGUGAACAAGAUCCUUUCUCUUGGAAGGGUGGAAGUGGCGAUGGGGUUGAACUUCUUAGCUGGUGGGAAAAGCUGUGGAAUGCCAUAGGUGCUCGUGAUGCGAUAUCCAUCUUCACUUGUCUUCCAUGAGAGGAGAUUGUGGAAGGAAGAGGCGCUGAGAAGAGUGGCUAGCGGAGAAAGUAGGUCCAAUUGUUGCUCGCAUCGAGAGCUUCUGAGCAUUUAAUGAUUGCCUCAUUCAUUCCUUCGAUUGGAUCGAGGAAGAAAUCAUUUGUCGCUUUGGGUGAUCACUAUCUGCCGCAGGUAGGGUCCACCAAUGGAGCGAGCCUUACAAAUCGCCUUAAUCACGGAGAGGUCUGCUGCCUUCGGAUCUGGGGACAGACGCCGAGCUUCUUCUUCUGCUUCUUCUUCUUGGAUGUUCCUCUCCUCUAGUUUCUCCAUUCCCUCUGCGUCUUACAUUUCCUGUCUUUUCCAUCAGUAUCCGUCUCUCUUUUCCUCUCGUGAGGCCAUGAGUGCCGAGUUCACUGCUGCUGCCCCAGCCAAAGCCUUCUGGACCUCCCCCUGCUGCUAAACCGGACUGUUGAGCCAUUGGCUUUCAGAAGAUUUUUCCUCUGCUGCCUUCUUGCGCACGGAGCGGAAGACGACGAGGCGAGAUACGCUGGGAAGGAAAAGGGAAGCAUAAAACGCCAGUGUUUCUCGUGUUAGCUCCUCGCGUACGUGCUCUCGUUAAGAAGACGGGCAUCAUCCGCUCCGACUGGAGUGUGCGUCGUGAAGGACAAACUUCUGAAUGCGAAGAAAGUGAAGCUGAGGUCGGAGCUGUUCAUCAUUCGCCGGUGACGAAGCUUUUGCCUUCCUACACCAACCGCUGCAGAGUCGGCGUGGCAUUUUCAGCUGGUACUUCGACUACAGCCUCUCCAUUUUGAGACGGUAGGAGUGAGUUCAGAGGAUCAGAUCGAGAUCCAUAGCCGCUUUCGUACGUGCUCGUGUCAAGAAGACGGGCAUCAUCAGCUCUGACUGUCGUCGUGAAGGACGAAGUUCUGAAUGCGAAGAAAGUGAAGCUGAGGUCGGAGCUGCAGGAUCCAGGCACCGUCACAAGCAAAGGAACUACGAUGGAUCCUUCUAGGGAAUUCAUGAGGGAUGUGAAGCGCGUCGUUGUGAAGGUCGGAACGGCUGUCGUAACCAGACCCGAUGGGAAGCUCGCGCUUGGGCGACUUGGUGCAGUGUGCGAGCAGGUGAAAGAGCUUUUACAGGAAGGAAUUGAAGUUAUUUUUGUUACCUCUGGAGCAGUUGGUGUGGGAAGGCAAAAGCUUCGUCACCAGCGAAUGAUGAAUAGCAGCUUUGUUGAUUUGCAGAGGCCACAAAGUGACUUGGAUGGGAAGGCUUGCGCAGCUGUAGGGCAGAGUGGGCUCAUGGCCCUCUAUGAUCAUCUCUUCGACCUGCUGGAUGUCGCUUGUGCGCAGCUCCUUGUCACGGAUAAUGACUUCAAAAAUCCAGCUUUCAGAGAACAGCUAUUGGAUACGUGUCACACCUUGAUCGGUCUACGAGUGGUUCCUGUUUUCAAUGAGAAUGAUGCUAUCAGCACAAGAAAGGCUCCAUACAAGGAUUCGACUGGUAUUUUCUGGGAUAAUGAUAGCUUAGCUGCCUUGUUGGCUUUGGAACUGAAAGCAGAUCUUUUGAUUCUGCUUAGUGACGUGGAAGGGCUCUACACAGGUCCUCCAAGUGAUCCUAAGUCAAAGUUGAUACACACAUAUUUGAAGGAAAAGCAUGAUGAUAUGGUUACAUUUGGUGAGAAAUCUAGAGUUGGACGGGGAGGUAUGACUGCCAAAGUAUAUGCAGCUUGGAACGCUGCAUCUGCUGGAAUCCCCGUGGUCAUCACCAGUGGGUUUGGUUCGAAGGGUUUACAGCGAGUAUUGUGUGGAGAGAAAAUUGGAACCCUCUUUCACAAAGAUGCCAACCGGUGGGUGGCUCUCAAGGAAACUGGCGCGCGAGAGAUGGCUGUUGCUGCGAGGAAUGCGAGCCGUCGGCUCCAGGCAUUGUCUACAGCUGAACGUCGUCAGGCUUUACUAGACGUUGCAGACGCGUUGGAGGCCAAUGAGGCGCUCAUCAGGGCCGAGAAUGAUGCUGACUUAGAAAUUGCACACCAGGCGAAGACAUCUCCAUCACUUAUCGGUCGAUUGACGAUUAAGCAGGGCAAGAUAACAGCCCUAGCCAAUUCAAUCCGCGUUCUAGCGGAUAUGAAGGAGCCCGUCGGUAAAAUUUUACAGAGAACAGAGGUUGCCGAAGGUUUGGUUUUGGAAAAAACGACUUGUCCUUUAGGAGUUGUACUGGUUAUUUUCGAGUCCCGUCCAGAUGCGCUGGUUCAGAUUGCCUCUUUGGCAAUUCGUAGUGGUAACGGUCUACUUUUGAAAGGAGGGAAAGAAGCCAUGCGAUCCAAUGCUAUUCUGCACAAGGUUAUUACUGAUGCUCUUCCUAAGUCAGUUGGGCCGGCCUUAAUCGGACUCGUAACAACCAGGGAGGAGAUUCCUGAUCUAUUGAAGCUCGAUGACACCAUUGAUCUGGUCAUACCAAGAGGUAGCAAUCAGUUGGUUUCUCAAAUCAAGGAGUCAACGAAGAUUCCCGUUCUCGGGCAUGCUGAUGGAGUGUGUCAUAUAUACGUCGACAAGGCUGCUGAUGUUGAUAAAGCUCAAAGGAUCAUCAUGGACUCCAAACUUGAUUAUCCAGCUGCUUGCAACGCCAUGGAGACAUUGCUAGUCCAUGAAGCUUUGGUUGAGGAUGGGAGGUUGGAGAAAUUAGUCUUUGCCUUACAAUCUGCAGGGGUGUCUUUGUACGGAGGCCCGAGAGCCGUAGAAAAGUUGAGACUGCCCAAGGCUGCGAAUUUUCAUACGGAGUAUAGCGCAUUGGCUUGCACGGUGGAAAUCGUGGAGGAUGAAAAUGCAGCUAUUGACCAUAUUCAUGAGUUUGGCAGUGCUCAUACAGAUUGUAUUGUGACCGAGGACAAUGACAUUGCAGAGAAGUUUCUACAAAGUGUUGACAGUGCUGCUAUAUUCAGAAAUGCAAGCACGCGAUUCUGCGAUGGAGCCCGCUUCGGCCUGGGAGCUGAGGUUGGGAUAAGCACGAGUAGGAUUCAUGCUCGCGGACCUGUCGGUGUGGAGGGCCUACUUACUACCCGAUGGUUACUGAGGGGGGAUGGCCACCUUGUUUCCGGAGACAGGGGUGUCGUUUAUACCCACAGAAAUCUUUCAAAUGAAGAGAGCUUUAAAUCCUUGGCAAAUGGGGAUGCAUCAUGCAAUGGAAGCGCUCAUUAGUUGAAGACACGUGCACUAAAGUAGAGUUUUUCGGUCUGAUAGGUAGAGUUUUGUCCAAGGAUAUCUGUUUCAGCGAGAUCCCUUUGGUAGCGACAUUUUCUUAGGCAGCAUGAGCUCGAAACCGAGCAUGAGGGAGGAAUUUUUGCUAGAGACCCAGCAGAGUACGAUCAACGCCACAAUACUCGUAGAGUGCCCUCAGAUUGUUUACAACUGGAGUCGCUCCAGACAUGCAAGGGAUAAUACCGAUCAGCACACGGUUUGCAGUGUAGAUUCGUAGUACCAUGUGCCAGUGUACCAUUUAUAUGUUAACGCCACUUUUCAGCAAGCGCUGAAUAAAUAACGAAGAUUCUCAUGAAGGAGGUCAUUGAGUCCUCUCUAGCCGAGCAGGUAUCUCUAGGAGUGGGAACCCUCCGAUGUUCUAAACAAGUACUGCACCGCAGACUUGAGGUGUCGUGGAGAAUGUAAUAACGAUCAGGUCUAGCUUUAGCUCCUGCACUGACUGUGACCUCUACAUGGGAGAGGAGCAGUAGUAGAAGACGACCAGUAUCCUUCAUGUACAAUUCAUCAAAGACAUUUGAGUCAACACUUACUGUAAGGAUAUGAUAUUAUUCUACGGGAGG